GUCCGACAGCUCGGCCUUCGAGGAGCCUCCCCAAGAUGAUUAUCGAGUUCUUUGGAACCGUUCUUGGGGUAAAAUACUCUGUCGCGAACCGUAAGCGAAUUGUCGAUUCUAACCAACCAUUUUUUUGCUUUGUAUGUUGUUGGCCAUCCUACCUCCCCAGCUUAUCCCGAAGAUUUCUUGAGGAGUGUUCGCGCCGUCGCUCUGCUUCGAGUCUAUCGUUGGUCUGAGAUCUCCGUCGAAAGGAUCCGUGAGCUUAAGGAUCGAAUCACUCGAAGAGAGUGGAGAUCCGACCUUCCGACCGUUCUUCUCAUUCGUGCUAAGCGACUGGACAUUUUUCCGAGGGACAUCCAAAAACAAAUCACCGAGGCGAAGAAGAUGGGCACUCUUCCUGAUUUGAGCGCAAUAAUAGCGGCCCAGCUGGGGCUGGCUAGCGGGGAAGGGCCCUCGACGGCGGUUCCUCGUUCUGACGAGGUUUUCCCUUCCGAUGCCAGAAGUGUGGGGAAGGGAAAGAAAAGAAAAAGAGGCGAUGGUUCGGGAGCCGGGAGGAGUACUGAGGAGACGAGUGAUGUCCCUCCUUCCAGUGAGCCCCGGAAGAAGAGCAAGAAGAAAAGGACAAAGAAGAAGUCCACCGGCGAGCAGUUGGAAGAUGCUGACGAGCAGAUCGAGCAAGAGGAAGAGGGUGCUCGAGGAGAAGAAAUUCAGCCCGAAGAGGGGGGUUCUGAGGCUGAAGCCUCGGAGGGACGGAAUGACGAGGAGGGAGUAAGUGAAGGAGGGGAACGCGAGACUUCUCUUAAUGCCGCCUGCUCGGAUGAUUCCGAGGAAGGUAGCGAAGGGUCACCACUCCUGAUAAGGAGGGGAAAUGACGAAGACGAUGAUGAGAGGCGGUCUCCUGUUCUGACGUUUCCUCGCGAGAGAACUCCAGUUCCCGUCGGAGGAGGGGCCGUCCAGAUCGGUACUUCUUCCCGUGGCUCGGCUAUCCUAAGGAGGGCUCCCGGAUUCAGCUUUCCCGAUAAGGUCGACUUCCAUUAUGAGGGACCGGCUCCCUUAGUGUACGUUCCAGAGAAAUGUGGAGAGUAUCUCUGUCAAUUAAGAGGGAGGGCGAAACCUCUUCCUGCUGUGAAAGACCUUAUCUUCGGGGGUGAAUACGAAGAAGCUGCGAGGGCCAAACUGCUGGGUGAUAGCACGAUGAAUGUCGUGAUUGAUAAAUACGACACGUCGCUUAAAGGAGCCUUGGAGGAGCUCAAGCUGGCCAAGAAAGAGUUUGCUGAGAAGGAAGAGGUUUCUGCUCUCCGUGUGUUGGACCGUUUCGAGGUAUCAAUAAGCCAGCUGAAUCCCACCAGUUUUCAACAUCUUAUUGGCGUCGUGAUUCUGAGCUAUGAGCAUGGACUCUCUCUUACCACUGAGCACUUUGAAGCGAUUUUUAGGCUGCGACUUGUUUCAAAACCGCACCUCUACCGGUUGGUCCCUCGGAAAUAUAUGACGGUGAUUAAGGGGCUUAUUUCUAACUCAUGGACAAAGUUCUUCUUCUUUGUCCGUAUAAACGCUGCAUCCGUCGAAGAAAAUUGUAUCCCAUUGUUUCAGAGCAAGCCGAAUGAUAGUCCCUUCAUCAGCCUGCUUUUCCUAUUCCCCGAAGACGUGAUCGAAAAGAGGGAUCUCCUCAGGAACGGUCUGUUUUUCUGGACCUUCUUUACGCCGAGGAGAGCCUGCAAGGCGUUGAGACUCAUGCAUCCUGAUCUUGGAGUGGGCAUAGAAGCGGAUAGUGAUUCUGAGUCCGAUGAUCCUACUUCUUGCGACGUUCCCGCGGAGGAGACGAACGUGAGGUCCUCUAAGGGUAAAGGCAUUGAUCUUGGUGAUAUAGAGUAUUCCGUAGAUGACUCUAUUCUUCCAGGAUGGGAUCCAGACCUUGCUUAUGGUGAUGGUAGUGGUUCGAGCGAGGUACCUAUUCCGGAUUUUGACGAGUUCUUUGCUGGUUUAGCCUCGAGUUUUGAUCCUCCUUCGUCCUUGGACGAAUCAGGAAGAUCCAAGGGUCUGAACAUGCUUGGCUCAGCCCUUGAGGCGAGCCACAGGGAGGCCAUGGUUUACCGCUUCAAGGCAGAGAAAGUGGAAAAGGACCUUGCACGUAUGCAAAACGAAAUUUUAGAGCGAGAUUCGAAGCUUGCCAAGGAUCAUGACAAGGCCGUCCGUCGAGCGGAAAGGAGAGGUAGGAGAGAGAUCGUCACGCAGACAGACGACUUUGUUUUCAAGGAUGAGAUGGAAACCAUGGAAGGCGGCAUGAAGGAUCAUGCCCAUGCUGAGGCACUUAUUUCCCCGAUCGACGGGAGGAUUCAGAGAUUCUGGGAUCCCAUCCCAGUUUCUCCCGAUACGGAGGAGGUCACGGCCGAGGUUGCUGGUGAUGAUGAGGAAGUGGACUGUCCCGCGGGUGCAUUCGGAGUUUCCAUGUCCAGGGAUUUUAACUUUGAUCUGUGA